AUGCGUGGCCCCGUAUUAUGCCUUGUCUGUCCCACCGGAUAUCUUCAUGUGGGCGGCGCCAGAACGGCGUUGUUUUGCUACCUGUUUGCGCGUCGCCACGGCGGCGAGGUUGUGCUCAGAAUUGAGGACACAGACCGUGAGCGCUCAACCGCAGAGUCUGUCCAGAGCAUUCUGGAAGGUUUGCAGUGGCUGGGCCUGAACGCCGAUGAACCGCCGGUGUACCAGUCUGAUCGAACGCAGCGUUACCAGGCGGUGAUCGAUCAAAUGCUGAAAAGCGGUCACGCCUAUCGCUGCUACUGCACCCGCGAAGAACUCGACGCCAUGCGCACUGCCCAGGAAAAGGCGGGUCUCAAGCCGCGGUACGACGGUACCCAUCGCGAUUUUGACGGGCCAGUAGAGGACGACGCUGAUUAUGUGGUGCGUUUUCGCAAUCCACAGGGUGGAUCAGUAACCUGGGAUGAUGCGGUGAAAGGUACAAUUGAGGUGUCCAAUGCAGAACUGGACGACCUGAUUAUUGCCCGCAGUGACGGCAGCCCUACCUACAACCUGACGGUAGUGGUGGACGAUCUGGAUAUGAAAAUCAGCCACGUGGUGCGCGGCGACGACCACGUCAACAACACGCCGCGGCAAAUCAAUCUAUAUCAAGCGCUAGGCGCCUCGCCGCCGGUGUUCGCCCACCUGCCAAUGAUUUUGGGGUCAGAUGGUGCCAGGUUGUCCAAGCGCCACGGCGCGGUGAGUGUCCUGGCUUAUCGGGAUGAGGGAUAUCUGCCUGAAGCGCUGCUCAACUACCUGGUGCGCCUGGGCUGGUCUCACGGUGAUCAGGAGGUGUUUUCCAUGGCACAAAUGAUCGAGCUGUUUGACCUUAAGGACGUCAACCGGGCGCCAGCGAGCUUCAAUACCGACAAGCUGAACUGGCUGAAUCAGCAGUAUCAGGCGGACAUGACGCAAGAGCAGCUGGGAGAGGCGCUGGCGCCUUUUCUGACCCAGCUGGAUACAGCCUUGAUGCUGGGCCUGCCCCCGGCGCGGUUGCGGUGA